AUGAGGCUUUUUAAUCCAUGGGAGAUGGGUCAGGACCAGACAAAGCAACAGAUAGAGAAAGGACUCCAUCUUUACCAGUCUAAUCAGACCGAAAAGGCCCUGCGAGUCUGGAUGAGGGUUUUGGAGAAGUCUGCGGAUCCUGCUGGCAGGUUUCGGGUUUUGGGUUGCCUCAUCACUGCUCAUGCAGAGAUGGGCAGAUACAAAGACAUGCUGAAGUUUGCAGUGGUCCAGAUUGACACAGCACGGGAGCUGGAAGACCCAGAUUUCCUUACAGAGAGCUACCUAAACCUGGCUCGCAGCAAUGAGAAACUCUGUGAAUUCCAGAAAACCAUCUCUUACUGUAAGACGUGCCUCAACAUGCAGGGUACCACUGUGAGCAUGCAGCUGAAUGGCCAGGUGAGCCUCAGCAUGGGCAAUGCCUUCUUGGGCCUCAGCAUUUUCCAGAAGGCUUUGGAGUGCUUUGAGAAAGCUUUACGCUACGCACACAACAACGAUGACAAGAUGCUGGAGUGUAGAGUCUGCUGCAGCCUUGGGAACUUCUACACCCAGAUAAAGGACUAUGAGAAAGCCCUGUUUUUCCCCUGUAAAGCAGCUGAGCUGGUGAGUGACUACGGGAAGGGCUGGAGCCUGAAGUACCGUGCCAUGAGCCAGUACCACAUGGCUGUGGCCUAUCAGAAGCUGGGGCGCCUGGCAGACGCCAUGGAUUGCUGCGAGGAGUCCAUGAAGAUUGCCCUGCAGCAUGGUGACCGGCCACUGCAAGCACUGUGUCUGCUCUGCUUUGCAGAUAUCCAUCGCAGUCGCAGGGACGUGCAGACAGCCUUUCCUCGGUAUGAUUCUUCCAUGAGCAUCAUGACAGAGAUUGGGAACCGCCUGGGCCUGGUGCAGGUGCUGCUAGGAGUGACUAAGUGCUGGAUGAUCCAAAAGGAGCUGGACAAGGCUCUGGAAACCAUUGAAAAGGCACAGGAGCUGGCAGAGGGACUAGGGAACAAGCUCGGCCUGCUGAAGCUCCACUGCCUGUGUGAAAGGAUCUAUCGCACGAAGGAGCAGCAGCAAGAAUUGCGUGACCAUGUAGUGAAGUUCCAUGAAUGUGUGGAGGAGAUGGAGCUGUACUGUGGCAUGUGUGGAGAGUCCAUUGGGGAGAAAAACAACCAGCUCCAGGCACUACCUUGCUCCCAUUUCUUCCAUUUGAAGUGCCUCCAGACCAACGGGACCCGCGGCUGCCCCAACUGCCGCCGCUUGUCGGUGAAGCCCGGCUACGUCUGA